CACAAAUUUUUCUAGCAAGUUUUAUUAGCACGGAGCUGACCAAGAUGGCCUUCGAUGGUGUCGAUGGACAGCUGCAAGUUACUCUAUGGACGACUGACAACGAGACAGUGCGGCUCAGAAGCAGGAACAUGAGCUAAGAUCCUCGGCUACUCUCCCCUCCUCUUCCAGAGCCCAAACAAGUUCACUUCAUCAGCGUUCAACUAAGGCCAGAUUUUCCUGAGUCUGGAACUUUUAUUCUGAAAGCAUCAACCGGAAGUAAUUUGGUUGACAGCAAGAUGGCGAUGUCCAUGAGGAGGACAGUGGCGGCUCUUCGGAACGUAACUUGUCUAAGUUGGAAGAACUCUGAGGUGCCUCUGGAUGUGAGACAGGCAGCCCCGCUCCUCCUGCCCGUCCGGACCAAGAAGAGGUACAUCAUCCCUCCUGCAGUGGGCCUGAAGGGAAAGAAGGGAGAAAACCCAGAGGCCAGGGCUCGAGCAGCAGGCAUCGUCUUCCGACAGCAGUACCUGGAGAGGCCCAUCAAUAUCGCGUGCACAGCGGGAGUCCUGGACCCAUAUGUCCCUCCAGAAGGAGACGCUCGCCUCUCUGCUCUGUCUAAAGAUGGUCUGAGACAGCUGACUGAAAAGAUGAAGCAGAGCGCCGCCUCACAGCUGGCGAUUCGUAAAAUCAAAGAGUACGACUCGGCGUUCACAACCAGGACUUUUGCAGAAGAUGCUCAGCAGAUUUUUAUAGAUGCUCACAACGCCCUGGUGCAGUUUAACAAGGAGAAGCUCCACGCCCUGGUUACAGAGAGGUGUUACCCUGAGAUGACCAAAGGGAACCGCUACAAGACCCUCCGCUGGAGGUUCGUGGAGUCCCUGGAGCCGCCCCGCGUGGUUCACGCCCGCUCUCCAGACAUGGUCACCAAAGGCAACUUGUACGGGCAGGUGACAGUCCGCAUGCACUCCAAGCAGACUCUGGCCAUUUAUGACCGCUUUGGGAGGCUGAUGUUGGGCAGCGAGGAGCAGCCGAAGGACGUCUUGGAGUAUUUGGUCCUAGAACGGCACCUCAUCAACCCCUAUGGUAGAUGGAGAUUACAUGCAAAAAUAGUGCCGUCCUGGGCACCUGCCAAGGACCCCAUUAUUAAGACGGUUGCUAUUCCUGGUCCGAAGCUGGAGCCGUGGGAAGAGCUGGACACCCUCAACUAUCAAGUUCCCAAACCUGCACCAGUACAGUGGUACAAGUAGGCCACCGGGGGGCGCUGCCCUGUGUUUGAGCAGGGAGCUUACUUUAUCUGCUCUUUGAUACAUGAAGUGUAUUCGGAGAUGCUUAAACUGAAACUAAAGCCUAAAGGACCUAAACUGUGUCUGCUCCAUCAAAGUUCUUCAUCGUAUCAAAAUACAAAUUGAUGUUCAACAGGGGCUUCUUUGUGUAUCUGAACGCUGUUGAAGACGAACUGGUUUUAACCACCAUUUAUUUUGUGUAAGGACAAGUAUGGCAAAUACUUGUUUAAGUUACAAAAACAGAAAGUCAAAGUAAAAAGUGUGGAUUUGUUUUUAUUGAACUUUUCUGUAACCAGGAAUGGCCGUUGAAAUGAAAAACCUCGUACGAGGGAGUCCCGGCAGAGGCUGCAGCACACUUACAAAAGUAAAAAAAUCUAUGACAUCGUAAAAACGAGGAGAAUGUAAAGAGGCGUCAGGAGGUGCAUGCGGGUCAGACGCUCUAAAGCCAACAACAAUGGGAAACGGCUAGGCUUGCACUGGUUUGACCCAAAAUCAUCCCACAGUCAGGAUUGAAGAGCAUGUGCAGCAUCACUGUGUCGUACCGUGUAAUCAGAAAUGUAAUGGACAGGUUGCUGCUUCUCCCCUUCAUUCUAAUGCUGUGUUAUUACAAUAAACAUGGAUGAAAAUGA